GGCAUCCAUGUCAGGACAAGCUUCGUCCAAAGUGUUCCUUCCUAUGAAACAAAAAUAGUUGAGACUCCAUCGUUUCGUCAUCACCUGAAGGCCGCUGCUUCGGAUCCGACCCUGGUUCGCAGAACCAGCCGUGCAAAAGCUGUCAGAGGACUGGGACUGGAUCCACACCAGAACAAUAUCACUGUUCCAUAGCCACCCUCCUAUCCGAACUCGACCCAAACGUAAGGCGCUUCCUCGCAGAUAUCAGCAAAUGUCAUCUCAUUGUUGAAGAAACCAUGAAUAAACCACCCAGCAAAGAAACUCUGAAGGACAAAGUGAAGGGAAUACUUGGACUGGGGUCAUCUCGACCACCCACCAAGCCAACUGACCCCAGAUUUUCUGAAUGCAUCAUCACCGCAGAGAUCAUCAGGGAACUCCAACCAGAUUUUGCCCUGAGCAACCGAGUUCGAGCCAUGAACCAUGUCUGUCAUCUUGCCAAAACCAAAAAGUUUGAGGAGCAUGCUGUGGAGUCUGUGUGGAAAUCGGUGGAAGACAUACUGUCACCUGAACACCCAGCCGAAGCCAGGCAUGCGGUACUGCAGCUACUGAGGGCCAUCAUACAAGGACAGGGUGAAAGACUUGGCUCUUUAAGAGCUUAUUUUUUUAAGGUGAUCAGAGAUUACCAGCCAUGUAAUGAGGACCUCUCCGAUCGACUGGAGGUCUUCAAAGCCUUAACAGAGAAUGGAAAAGAUAUCACAUAUCUAGAAGAAGAUAUAGCUCGGUUUGUCCUGCUGUGGAUGGAUAUCGGACUCACUGCUGACUUUCUCAACGUCCUUGUCAACUUGGUCAAAUUCAACAGCUGCUACCUCGACCAGAACGUUUCAAUCUUGGUCCACAAAAUUUGUAUUCUGUGCAAUAGAACCACAUCAUCAGUUGACAUUGAAGUUGCACUACAAGUGUUAGAUGCGGUGGUCUGCUAUAACUGCCUGCCCUCUGACUCUCUGACUGUUUUCAUCAUCACGCUGUGUCGCACAGUGAAUGUGAAAGAGUUUUGCGAAUCAUGCUGGAAGUUGAUGAGAAAGGUACUCGGCACUCACCUUGGCCACAGUGCCAUCUACACUAUGUGCCGCAUAAUGGAGGAAAGUAUGUACAUGGAGGAUGCACCGUUACUGAGAGGUGCUGUGUUCUUUGUGGGGAUGGCGUUGUGGGGAGCUCACCGGCUUCCAGCACUGAAGAACACACCUACGCUUGUUCUUCCGUCAUUCUACAAAGCUAUGUCAUGUGCCAAUGAAGUGGUCUCCUAUGAAAUUGUCUUGUCUAUCACAAGACUGAUCAAGAAGUAUGGGAAGGAACUGCAGGUGGUCACCUGGGACAUUCUCCUGCGAAUCAUUGAGCAACUUCUGCAGCAGAUUCAUACGAUCGGCGGUGCAGAGUUGAAGAAGAUAGUUUAUGAGCUGCUGACCACAGUAGAAGAGCUGUAUGAGCAGAACGGCUACCAUGGGUCUACAGAGAAGUUCUUUGCUCUGGUGGAGAAAUGCGCUGAUAAAAGACCUGAUGCAUCAGUUUUGACCCUCAUCUCAUAUAGAGCUCAGUCCAUUCAACCUGCCAAGGACGGUUGGAUUCAGAGUCUUCACCGACUCAUGGAUAAGUUCUUUAGGAACGAGACCCGAAGUGUGAUCCGGAUCAAAGUGCUUCAUAUCUUGUCCUUCGUGCUGAGCACCAACCGACAGCUGUAUGAGGACGAGCUGAUAGAAAUGGUGGUGAUCCCGCAGCUCAGUGCGAUCGCUGAGGACAAAGACCUGGCUGUGAGGAAGCAGGCCACGCAGCUGCUGGUUGACCUUGCUGAAGGCUGCACCACCCACCAUUUUACCAGCCUGCUGGAUAUCAUUGAGAGAGUGGCCAGUCGAUCAAUGUGCUUAGCUAAUUUGGAGAUGGGGGAGUGGGAGUCCUCUGCAGAGUCUCCCAUGGAUGAUGUCAGAACUGCUGUACUGGGCCUCCUGGAGAUCCUCCAGAGCAAGCUGUACAGUCUGCCAGCUGCACACGCCAGUCGUGUUUACGAGAUGCUUAUCAGUCAUCUGCAGCUCCACUACAAAAACAAGUACAGCUCUGCCAUUGCUUCCAGAAUCAGACUGCAGGUCUUUGACUUCUUCCUGAUGAUGCGGGCAGACUCCCUCCACCGUGUCGGUAUUGUUAACAAAGACGACGCUAUGAGGUUCAGCCCUUACUGUUAUUGUGACACUGGGGAAGCGGAGAAAAGACCCAGUGAGAAAAUAGCUGCUGGUUUGACAUCGCCCCCUGCUGGUGGUCCUGCUCCAUCAGCUGCUGCUCCCACAGCCACAGCCCAGAUUAGAACAGCCCAUCUGCCCUACUCUCUUGCUUUCAACGUCCUCCUGCAGUGUCUGAAGAUGGAAACGGAUUGGAAGGUGUUGAAGCUGGUUCUUGAAAAGCUGCCUCUCACUCUGCAGUACAAGGUUUUGCUGCUCACCUCGCCCUGCAGCUUAGAUCAGCUUUGUUCUACGCUCUGCUUCAUGGUGACUGAUAGGUUGAUCUCAGAACGCCUGAAGAAGAUCCCGGAUGGCUUUUCCCGCACAGAUGUUCAGUUAGCAGUCCUCCCAGUCCUCACCGCGAUCACUUCCUACCACAGUUACUUGGAUCAAGCAAGACAGAGAGAGUUGGUUCAGUGCCUGGAAACUGGUCUCAUCUAUCGCUGUGCCAAACAGUGUGUGGUGGCUCUCACAAUGUGCACCGUGGAAAUGCCGGAGAUCAUGAUUAAGCUCCUGCCCGCGCUCAUCGUCAAGCUGACUCACAUCUCGGCCACUGUUACCAUGGCGUCACCAAUGCUCGAGUUCCUAUCAACUUUGGUACGCCUCCCCCAUCUGUACGCCAAUUUUGUAGCCGAGCAGUAUAUCAGCGUGUUUGCCAUCUCGCUCCCCUACACCAACCCGUCCAAGUUCAACCAGUACAUCGUGUCCCUGGCUCAUCAUGUCAUUGCCAUGUGGUUCAUACGCUGCAGGCUUCCCUUCCGUAAAGACUUUGUUCAGUACAUAACUAAGGGCUUGCGUUCCAACGCCCUUCUGCCAUUCGAUGAUAGUCACGAGCAAAGUUCCUUUCGUGCUCGAAGUACCAGCCUCAACGAAAGACCCAAGAGUCUGCGAGCUGCGAAAAUGGCCAAGGCGACAGCGGUGGUAGCCAAUAGCAGCAGCUCUCCAGUUAAAGAGCUGAGGGACCUGUCAGCCAUGGAUGCUUUCCGCUCCCGCAGCAUCAGUGUCUCCGAACACGCAGUCCGCAGGAUGCACACCUCGACAACCACCUGCAGUCUGGGCUCAGCUGAUGAAAGCGCAGUAAAUCAGGCCGAUGAGGGGCUCAAGACCGUCCACCUGGAGCUGACCGAGACCUGCCUGGACAUGAUGGCGCGAUACGUGUUUUCCAACUUCUCUGCUUUACCCAAACGGUCUCCUAUUGCUGAGUUCCUGUUGGCCGGGGGCCGCAGUAUGACUUGGCUGGUUGGCAACAAGCUUGUGACCAUAACAACCAGCGGAGGGACUCGAACGCAAGCACUGCUGGGUCUGGACAUGUCUGACCGGCUGGCAGGAGGAGGGGAGAUGACGAGGUCUGAUCCGUCGCUGCACACCAGAAUCACCAAAGAAGCUCCGGCCAAACUGGAGUCACAAUCCAGUCAGAAACAGAGCAGAGCGUCGCGUAUACGGGUCCGCUCUAUAUCAGGAGGGCAUGCGCUGCGCGCUGGCCCUGCUCAGAGCCUGAGUCCUCUGGUGUCCCCUUCUGAGGGCGAGCUGGCGGCUCAGCUCUCCCCCUCUGGCACUAACCUGGAGGGUCUCAGUCCCUCCUCAUCGACGUCCGCCACCUCCUCAGCUCCUCCGCCCUUCAAAGACAACCCCAGCCUGGCAGACGUUGUCCCCAUGCUAACACAGGGUUGGGCAGAGAUCUUCAUCCGGAGACCCUCUGGAAACACCAGCUGGCUCAUGUGUCUGGAGAACCCUCCGAGCCCCUUCUCCUCGGAGCUGGGUAACAUCCCCCUGCAGGAGCUCUCCACGGUCCUCAUGGCCAUGGAAGGAGUGAAGGAACGGGCGCCCCACGCCGCCAGCGCUCCAGCCAGCACCGCGGUUCCCCCGAGUGAAACUGAAAUGCAGAGCCAUAAAGGAGCAGAGCCACAUGUGAUCCAGCGCUCAAACACAGACUCUGCUGUGGUCCUGGAGGAAGGCUCAGUGGGCGGCAGGAGUCACGCCAAGUCUGACUGGAGAGUCAGUAAGGAGUUCGAACCCAUGCCGUCCGACCCCAUCUUCAUGUCCGCCGACAAGUUUCAGAAGACGGGGACGCUCAGCCGGUCCUCCUCCAUGUCCAGCCAGGACGAUGAGAAGUCCACCCUGGAGGAAGUGAGUGAAGGGGCCAUUCCCAUAGACCAGCCCUCCCUGGGGGUCUCUUCCCCGGGCAGCCAGGCGUCUGAGCUCUCCUUCCAGGUUCACAACCAAUCCCAAAGCCAUGGCCUGAACAAAUCCAGCUCCUCUCCUGAGCUGCAGACCUUCUCAGAAGCCUUUUCCAGAGCUGUUCACGCGGACACAUUUGGAGACGCCACACAGAGCAAAGGCGCGUCAGAAGGAAGGCCUCAACUGCUUCCAGAGAAGGACAAGCUGGAGGACACUUUAGCAGCUGAGGCUCAAAGUUCCGACGCGCAGAGUCAAGGAGGAGAAGGUCCAACUGCAGCUCAGAAUGUAGGGGCACGGAUGAGGCUGGAUAUUCUGCCGUCUGCCGUUCAAGCUGGGCCCAUCUCCCCAAGUGGAGGACAUCGACCUCGUGGUCACACCAUCUCAGUGUCGGCACCGUCCUCGAGGAGAGAGACGAGGAAGGAGAGAGACUUGUACCAGAACCGGGCCGGGCCCGGCUCCUCGGAGAAGAUCUCGGGACUCAAUCCCAGCUUCGUUUUCCUCCAACUCUACCACUCUCCCUUCUUCGGGAAUGAAGCCAACAAGCCUCUGUUGCUACCCAAAACCCAGGUGAUCGAGCGAGCCGUGAAGGUGCUGGACCAGAUGCCUCCGUAUGACACCCAUAAGAUCGGCGUGGUGUUCGUGGGCGCCGGCCAGGUCAGCAACGAGGUGGCCAUCUUGUCCAACGAGUACGGCUCCAACCGCUACGCCGCCCUGCUGACAGGCCUGGGCAAGUUGAUCCACCUGAAGGACUGCGACCCGGACCAGAUCUUCUUGGGCGGCCUGGACCAGUACGGAGACGACGGAGAGUUCACCUACUGCUGGCACGACGACAUCAUGCAAGCCAUCUUCCACAUCGCCACCUUGAUGCCGAACCGGGAGAGCGACAAGGGCUGCUGCAAUAAGAAGCGCCACAUCGGCAACGACUUUGUGGUGGUGGUGUACAACGAUUCCGGAGAGGACUACAAGCUGGGCACCAUCAAGGGUCAGUUCAACUUCGUGGAGGUCAUCAUCAAGCCUCUGGACUUUGAAUGUAACCUGGUCACCCUGCAGUGUCGCAAAGACUUGGAAGGGUUGGUCGACACGUCGGUUGCUAAGAUUGUUUCGGAUCAGAACCUUCCACUCUUGGUCAGACAGAUGGCGCUUCACGCAAACAUGGCCUCUCUGGUGCACCAGUACCGGGCCAACCCAUCCGACGCUUACGCCUCCAAGUGGUUGGCCAGGCUACGACACAUAAAGCGAAUCCGAACCAGGGCUCACGAGGACAUCCAGUCUCGCUCUACUCCAGGCAUCUCUCUGACCCAAGCGCAUCCGCAGCAGAGCAAACCCACUGCACCGCCCGAAACUGCCGGUCAGAGGAAGAGGCUGGUGUCUGCGGUGGAUGACUUCACUGACUUUGUCUGACAGUGUGACACUUGUGUCUGGCAAUGAUGAAACAGUGUCACUCCUGCUCUGCGGAUCCAAAAAUACUGAAGAUUAAAGUUGUUUAAGACAAUUCCUGGUGGCUUUUCAUGAUGAAAACUGACUCACCGCAGCUGUUAAACGCUUUAUUUAACAUUGUCAAGUGCAAGAGCAUAAAAACCAUUAUUAAAAAAACAAACUUCAUUUGCACCUAAC